CAGAGAGGUGCGCCGAGCUCCAACCCAGUCACGUCGCGACUGUCAGCUUUCGCGACGAUUCCAUGCGAAGCUGCGACCACCACCGGCAUCAACAUCUUCAACAGCUCAUUGCCGCCAACGUUUCCUACAUCUGGCCUUGGCUUUGGUUAAUGAUUGGAACUGUGUGACUGCCAGAAGUUGUAAAUGCACCACUGAAUCGCGACCUGCUCAAAAGAGCUUCCAUCUUUGGCCUUUGCGCAAAAGCUGCCAACGUCGUGACACCCCCCGGAGCCCACAGCGCGACCCCCACUCCGUCCUGAGCUUCAACCUGAUAAUCAGCUGCUAGACUGGUGUUUGCUAAGCUCUUGAACAUGGAUGACGAUGACAGAGAUUCCAACGCGAGUUCCGAAAAUGACCAGAACGACCAAAACGACCAGAAUGACCAGGACGAGGUCAUGGAAGACGUAGACGAUGCCGAGGGGGACAUGGAAAACGACGAAGAAGACAACGAUGAUGAUCAGGAUGAAAACGAACGCGAAGAAACGGGAGACGAUGCGCAAGAGAAGGGCGACGAGGCAGCAAAACAGGAAGACGCAAGAGAGCCUUCCAGAGCCGGGUCAACUGGCGCGCGGGUAUCCCCAGAUGGCAAAGGCAAAUCGCCAAUGCCGUUCUCGAAUCUUUUCCCGACCGUACGGCCAGAAGCUGUCAGGGCCCGGCUGUACGAUAUCGUCCCUACGAUGGCCGCCCCGCAGGCAACGAGUAUCAACGCCAUCGCCAUCACGCCCGACCUUCGAUACUGGAUGACUGGAGGCUCGGACGGCUACAUCCGAAAGUACGACGGCCCGGGUACAAUCAACGGUAAACAGCUCCUGACAGUUGCACAGCGGCACCCCUUUGUCGAUAGUGUCGUCAAGGCGGGCAUUUUGAUGUCAUACUGGGAGAACGAAGAACCGGGUCCACCCAACCCUAGAGGGAACGAGGAGCAUGUGCUAUCGCCCGUGUAUUCCUUGGCCGUUCACUCACAAGCCUUGUGGCUUCUAUCUGGUUUGGAGUCUGGCGGCAUCAACCUUCAGAGUGUAAGACAUGACGAAGGAAAGCGCAUCACAUGCCUGCAGCAACACACCAAUGCCGUUAGCGUCCUGACACUGUCACAAGACGAGAAGAGCGUGUUGAGCGGCAGCUGGGAUAAGAACAUCUACGACUGGGAUCUGAAUACUGGAGGUGUGAAGCGGUCGUUUGACGGUAGCGGAGGUCAAAUUUCUGCCAUUGAGCUUCGUCCCGUCAACGGAGCCCCCAUUCCCGCCGAGGCGAUGGAGGAGGAAAUCAAGUUUGACCCGACUUUCACAUCGAACAACGGCAAGCCCUUGCGGAACAGCACUGUGGAUGCUCCGAACGGGGGUGAUGCAUUGGCGCCUGCCACCUCCGGCGAGGUUGCAGAAGGGCAGGCAUCGCCCGCACACGAGUCGCUCUUUGGUGGUAGUGACACUGGGUCUCUUUUCGGCGAUAAUGUACCGGGCAACUAUGGUGCUGAUGGUGAUGAUGACGACGAAUUUUCAAGGGCCAUGGGUGACAUGGGAAUGCCGCCUCUUCACGAUGGCUCAGGACAGGAUGGGGGAAUGGACCAUUCUGCCGACAUCGACAUGACGAAUGCAUUCAACGCUGACUCGGCCUCGGCACCGGCGGUUCAAGCUCCGGGAAGCGUUAGCCCAGAUGCUUCAAGACACCAGCCUUUGGCAUCAGGACCAGACAACGCGGCAACCGAUGGCCCCUUGCUUCAGGACGGUGCAACGGAUGCUGAAGCACAGCCUCCUGUCCCCGACGUCUCUGAGACCGCUCCGGUGCCCGAUACGGAGGCGGAUGAACCAGCACCCGGGUCGCCGUCCAUGGUAUUCGUGUCGGAGCCCGCCGUCCCAGCCAUGGACCCCACCCAGUCGGCCGACACGAUCUUUUUCUCCGCAGCCAUCGAUGGUACGAUCAGGCUGUGGGACCGUCGCGUGCAGGACCCUGUUGCUAGGAUAAGCAACCAGCGGGGUGUGCCCCCUUGGUGUAUGGGUGCCUGCUGGAGUCCAGAUGGCAACUGGAUCUAUGCUGGCAGGCGAAACGGAACCGUAGAAGAGUACAGCAUCCACAAAGCGAAGAGCGGCUGGGAGACGGAACGGGUUCUUAAGUUCCCGGCCGGUAGUGGAGCAGUGAGCGCAGUGCGAGCCAUGCCGAAUGGUCGACAUCUGGUCUGUGCCUCGCAUGACAUUCUUCGGCUGUACGACCUCAAAGACACGCGGGCCUUCAAGCACUCGACGGUCCCCUUCCUGAUUAUUCCUGGCCCCCCACGUGCCGGUGUCAUUUCGUCUCUCUACAUUGACCGCACAUGUCGCUUUAUGCUCUCAGCUGCCGGAACACGUGGUUGGGAAGGCACAAGCACCGAAGUCCUCAUAGGGUAUGAAAUCGGCGUUACCGAAGAGAAGUCAUGACCCCAUACUUUCCUGCCAAAAAACAAAAAAAUUGGUGUUAGAAAACAAAGGGGAGAUAGAGUCCGUUCCAAGGCAUUUGACUGCUACUUUUCUAGGAUAAGAGACGAAGGAGCAUGGAUGGAGCAUUCUUGGCAGUGUAAAAUUUCAGUUGGGCAAGAUACAUGCGUGUUUGGAGUUGUAGCGGCUUCAGGAACCAUCAUUAAUACCCUUCUAGUCGCAGCAACUGUCCAUACUCUUCGUGAGGCCAUCGACCCUUUAUAAUGGGCUACGAUGACCUGGACAAGUCAUGCUCUCGAUGAUGUGGCUUUUAAAAUCGCGCGCCGGAACCCGCUGUUCGAACAAGAUGUCGAGCUCUUCAUACGUGCGCCCCUUGGUUUCGGGGACGCGGAACCAGGCCCAGAUGAAGCACAGACAGGCCAGGCCUCCGAAGAAGAACCCGAGCUUGCCUUGCAUGUUAGCCUCGUCCGGGUUGAUCAUGUACGGUAUGGCGACAGUCAUUAUGAUCCCAAUGACUCCCUGGGCGGCAGUGGCAAGAGCAAUCGUCUUUGACCGGAGUCUUGUGGCCGAUGCUUCGGAGAUGAGGACGAAACAGAUGGGACCAACAGACAGAUCGUAGGCAAAGUUCCAGAUCAGCAUCAGAGACGACUCCGCCCAGGCGACACCCUUCGGCCGGCCCGGGACACAGUCGAGGACGCCGAUGAGGAGCUGCAAGACAAUCAGAGCGGCCAGGCCGGUGAUGUAGAUGGUGCGCCUGCCGUAAUGAAGCAAGAAGUACCAAGACAUCACGGUGCCGAGGAACCCGACAGCUAUGAGAAUCGGUUACUGCACAACACCAUAUGAGCCAAUGCUGGUAGCUUACCAAGGAAACCAAUGGCCAUUUCAAAGGCCUUGUCGGUAGGCAGACCGGCUUGCUGGAAGAAGUAUGUGCCGUAGUUGAUGAGGUAAAUGCCGCUGAGAACCUGGGAGCAGUAGGCACCAGCCGAAAUCUCCGUUCGUCUCAGGUUGACGCCCUUCAGACAGUCCCGAUACGUACUGCCUGCUUCCAGCUCUUGCUCAAGCCUGUCGGUCUCAAUGAUGAACGCCAGUGAGGCGGCGGCAUUGAAUCCUUGGAGGCCAGUCGGCGGAGGCUCGUCUCUGCGUCGGCCAACCUGCCCUUACGGACCAGCCACCAGGGACUCUCUGGCACAAAGAGUAGACCGGGUAAGAUGACAAGAAUCCAGAGCCACUGUAGUGAGAAGGGGAGAGAGUAGGCCCAGUGCGUAUUGAGCUUCGAGGUCCCCGCCGUGACGCCAUUAGCCAGAAGCUGGCCCAUGACGAAGCACAGGUUGACGUAGGACGUUAGGUGGCCACGGAGAGCCGUGGGGCAGACUUCAGAUGCAUAAGCCGGGGCGAUAACGACGAACAUGCCCAGGACGAGACCCCCAAGUAGCUCGCCGACCAGUAAGACGGGCAAGGAACGCGCGAGGAACUGGAUGGACACAAUGCCAGCGGUCAAGACUACGCAAGUGGCGAAGGUCAACUUCCGUCCGAGCCAAUCCAUGGGAUACGCCGCGAACAAGGCGCCGAUAACUUGGCCGAUCGGGUUGCCCAUAGAAAGUCCGGUUUGCCAUGCAGCACCUGAUGAAUGUGUCAACACUGUGGGCUCACGAAUCAAUGUUGGGCACAUCGCGUCAUACUGAUAAUGUACUGGAGCUGGUCAGUUGGAAAUUCCAAAAACAGCAUCGAAAACAAGAAACUCACGGAACCCUCAUACUCGUAACCAAAGUCUCGCUGAAACUGGGGCGUGGCGUAAAGGUUCCCCAGCAGUUGCGGAUCAAACGCAAGCAUGAUGACCCCUAGGGACACAAAGGCAGACCACCCGAUUGCUGUGGGGUAAAGCCUGAUAGCCUGGGAGAAUGACAAGUUGUGCUCGAGGCGGAUGGCCUCAGCCAGGGCUGUAUCUUCAACGCCUCUUCGUAAGGCCGAGGCGACGGCGAUGGUCUCGAUAUCUUUUGGGGCCAUUGCGGAACUGGUGCUGAAUGAUAAACCGUCAACUCUGUCUAGGAGAGGGCGAUUCUCAUCAUCGGCCUCAGCCGUUAUAGGUGAUUGCGUAGGAGACGCGAUCAUCUUAUUGCUCAUUUAGAUAUCCGUAAUGCUCUGGCGGGAACAAGUCAUGUCGUAUCCAACGGUCACAGUAUCAGAACCACCCUUCUCUCUUCGCCGGCAAAUACCGGCCAGAGUUCCCGAACAGCUGGCCGCUACAGAGUUGCGACGAGAUCCGGGUUCAGUACAAAAGGUGGUUGGCGG